AGCCAGGCGCCGGCGCUCGCCCCUGCCCAGCUGUUCUCUCGCUACCAAAUUCAUAGUUAUGGCGUCGGUCACAGUGAAGGCCUAUCUUCUGGGCAAGGAGGAAGCGGCCCGCGAGAUACGCCGCUUCAGCUUCUGCUUCAGUCCGGAGCCUGAGGCGGAGGCCCAGGCUGCGGCCCGCCCGGGGCCCUGCGAGCGGCUGUUAAGCCGGCUGGCCGUGCUAUUCCCGGCGCUGAGGCCUGGCGGCUUCCAGGCGCACUACCGCGAUGAGGACGGUGACUUGGUUGCCUUUUCCAGUGAUGAGGAGUUGACAAUGGCCAUGUCCUAUGUGAAGGAUGAUGUCUUCCGAAUCUACAUUAAAGAGAAGAAGGAGUGCCGGCGGGAUCAUCGCCCACCAUGUGCUCAGGAGGCCUCCCGCAGCAUGGUACACCCCAAUGUGAUUUGUGAUGGUUGCAAUGGGCCAGUGGUGGGAACUCGCUAUAAAUGCAGUGUGUGCCCAGAUUAUGACCUCUGCAGUGUCUGUGAGGGGAAGGGCCUGCACAAAGAGCAUGGCAAGCUCAUUUUCCCUAACCCCUUUGGCCACCUUUCUGAGGGCUUUUCUCACAGCCGUUGGUUUCGGAAGCUGAAACACGGGCAUUUUGGCUGGCCUGGAUGGGAGAUGGGCCCACCAGGGAACUGGAGCCCACGUCCUCCUCGAGGAGGGGACACUCGUUGCUGCCCCACGGCUGAUUCAGCUUCUGGUCCAUCAGAGGAUCCCAGUGUGAAAUUCCUGAAGAAUGUGGGGGAAAGUGUGGCAGCUGCCCUCAGCCCUCUGGGCAUUGAAGUUGAUAUUGAUGUGGAACAUGGAGGGAAAAGAAGCCGCCUGACACCUGUCUCCCCAGAAGGCUCUAGCACAGAAGACAAGUGCAGCUCCCAGCCAAGUAGCUGCUCUUCAGAAGUCAGCAAACCAGAUGGGACAGGCGAGGGGAUUGCACAGUCUCUGACAGAGCAAAUGAAAAAGAUUGCCUUGGAGUCCAUGGGGCAGCCAGAGGAACAGAUGGAGUCGGAUAAUUGUUCGGGAGGAGAUGAUGACUGGACACAUUUGUCUUCAAAAGAAGUGGACCCUUCCACUGGUGAACUGCAAUCUCUACAGAUGCCAGAAUCAGAAGGGCCAAGCUCUCUGGACCCCUCUCAGGAAGGACCCACAGGGCUGAAGGAAGCUGCCCUGUACCCACAUCUUCCACCAGAGGCUGACCCUCGGCUGAUUGAGUCGCUCUCUCAGAUGCUGUCCAUGGGGUUCUCUGAUGAAGGUGGCUGGCUCACCAGGCUCCUACAGACCAAGAAUUAUGACAUCGGGGCUGCUCUGGACACAAUCCAGUAUUCAAAGCACCCUCCACCAUUGUGACAAUGUUUGUGCCCCAGCCCUGCAACCCACCCCUUUAUCUCCUAGUUGCAUUGAGUAGAGCAGCAGGGCCUGUUUCUCAGCAUUCUUCCAGAAUCUGUGGGUGGAGGUAUGUGACGUUUGAGGGCAGUAGGACAAGUGAUCUGAGGAGAAGUUCCAAGUGUCUGUAUGUAUGGUGUGUAUACACAUGCUGAUGUCUGAGAACAUACCCAGAUACCUGUGGCUGAGCUUCCUCUGCCUCCCAGGAGCCUGGGCUUUGCUGGGAGCUGUAGAGACACAUUGCAUGCACUUGCUCUUGCCGCCAGCAUCACCAGCAGUUCAGAAUAUGUUUUGCCUGAUAGUCUUCUUUUUCUUUGUUAAAAGUGAUUAAUAUACUGACAUUUUCAACAAUACUGUUAAGAGUAUGGAGAAGGGGGACUGGCCAUAGUGAGUCAGGGGUGGUGGGCAGUUGGGGCUCAUGGGAAGCUGACAGUUCUCCACAAUGUACAAUGUACUGCCUUUCCCCCUGUUCAUUAACAUUCUUGUUCUCUUAUAUCCAGUGUUAACUGCUUUUCAAGAAACCCCUCUGUAGCAGCCUGUGACCAAUUUAUAAACAAAUGGCUAAUGCACUUUAAAAACCAA